CUGUUUUGUUUUGGACAUCAAUUAUCUUUUGUUCAUUUUAUCGAACCUGUUUUUGGUGAUCUUUGUGGUGGUCUUUCUUAAUACAUGAGUACUGUUGGUGAUCUCAAUUGUUUGACAUCAACUAAAUUGACAUCAUUUCAUCAUGGAAGACAUAAACCUCCCCAUCGCAAUAAGACGCUCCCGCCGCAGCAGCAUCAAACCCGACCCUGAAAUCCCCUCCUCCCCAAUGCCCUCCAAAACCCCCAAACGCUCCUCCCGACGAGUCCGUUUCUCCGACCCAGGCGCUUCAUCCGGCUUAACCCCCAUGGUCAAUCGCUUCACCGUCGCAACACCCAAACGGCGCCGUCACUCAUCCCUACCUAUCCAAACCACCCCAAGCACAAUCCGCUCAAGUCCCGCACUUCCUGAAAGCGGCGAAGUAACUUUUCUCCCCCUCCGCCAAGUCCUCGAUGGUCGCGUCCAGCGAAGAAUCCGUCGCAAUGGUCUCAGCGAGGAGAUGAACACCAUCCAACAAGAAAAACGCCGCCGGAAUCAAGAAGCCAAAGAAGAAGUUGAAAAGUUGAAAAGUGAACUAAAAGCACGCGACCGUGAGAUCUACGAAUUGCAGAAUGCGACAAUUGUUAUCGACACAGAUCGUAUUUGGGAUCUUGAGAAGCAGAUCCAAGAUCUUCAAGAUGAAUUGUCCAAGAGAUCAGGUCGCGCUAUGGACCAGAGUAGAGGGUAUAACUGGACUCUUGCAGCGAGGGAGAAGAUCUCGCAGGAUUUCAUGGACAUGACGCCUGAUGAGGAUCAGUUUGGGGAUGAGACUAUGGCGCAGUUCAUUUGUAGUACGCCUUCGCGGGCGCGUACUUCGUUCAUGACGCCGCCUGCUACGAGUCCUACUGUACCUGGGACACCCAUUUUUGAGGAGCCGGUUGAGAUGACGGCUAUGGUUGGUGUUCAGGCUUGUUUGCCGGAUCCGAAGCAGCUGCAAUUAGAGGAGGAGGUGUCGUCGCUUCAGUUGGAGGUUACAAAGUUGACAGACACUCUUGAGUCUUACAAAACUCUCAGCGGACGCCUUACCGACAAGUUGUCGGACUUCACACCCAGGGAUCAGUCGGGUCUUGAGGCACAGAUUGACGCCAUGCUCCAAACAAUGUCCGACAGAACAUGCGCUCUCCAAACCCUCACAACGUCCAUCACAAAACUCGGCUUCACCGGCUCCGACGCCAGCGAAAUGAUAACAACCCUCAUCACCAACUUCCGCGCCGCCCGCUUAGAACUCGAGUACCUAACCCCUGGCGAAAUCACCCUUCCCCUAUCUUCCCACGGUGCAGAAGUCCUAGAUCUCAUGCUCACACGCUUACGCGACAUGGCGAAGCGCGCAAAAGAAGAUGAGGAUGCCAUAGAUGAGUAUCACGAGAUCGAGCUCUCUCUACGAAAACAACUCGAUGCAAGAGUUACUGUCAUGGAUGGGCUGAAAGCAGAGAUGGGGAAAGCUGAGAAACUGAUCAGUGAUAAGAUUGCGAGGAUAAGGGAGCUUGAGGUGGCGAACCAGAGGCUCAAGGGUGCUGUUGAUGGAUAUAUCCGCGACAUUUCAGAACUGGAAGAUCUCGUUCAACGAAUGGAGCGUGAAGCCCACGAUGCCAACGACGAGUAUGCAGUGCAACUAGGAGUCAAGCACAAAAUCCUCACCCGCAAAGAAGACACCAUCGCCAACCUCGAAAGCAAACUCUCAUCCGCGCUCACCCGCUCCUCCGAUCUCCAAGCCCAAAUCCUCAGCCUCCAAACCACCAGCACCAACACCAUCUCCGAACUCAACAAAAAGCACGGCUCAGCACUCGCAGCGCGCGACGCCAGCGUUACAAAAUACCGAAGUGAGAUUGACAAGCUGAAUGAAUCUCUACGAGCAGCACAUGAUAAAAUCUGUGGAUUACGGGUUGAGAACGGUGGGUUGAGGAGGGAGGUUGAUGAGGAGAGGGUCAAGGCGAAGGAGGUUAUUGAUGCGAUGAAGGAGGAGCUGGAGAGGGUUGUGAAGAUGAGUCAGGAGUUUUUGACGCCGAGAAAAGAGUCAGAGGUUGUGCAGAAGCAGGGGGGUAUGAGAAGGGUGAGUAAGAGGUUGAGGGGAAGGGAUACAUUCAAACAUCCCCUCCGCCACCUCCAACGGCGUUUCCAAACCUCGCCCCCUAAAAAAGACCCCAUCCCCGUCCCUGCCACCGUCGCCCCCCUUCCUCUGUGGCAGCGCCUCGGUCCUUUAACAACAGCCGUUCAAGCAUAUGCGCGUGCACAGAAUAAGAGUCCGUAUAAAACACAAGUCGCUACUGCGGUAGUUAUUUAUAUUGCUGGUGAUUUGAGUGCGCAGUAUGUUAGUGGCAAUGAAUAUGAUCCUGUUAGGACGCUGAGGAAUGCGGUUAUUGGAUGUGUUGCUGCUAUACCGAAUUAUAAGUGGUUCAUGUUCCUCUCCCACAACUUCAACUAUUCCUCCCGUCUCCUCUCCCUCGCCACAAAAGUAACUGUCGGCCAAACGGUCUUCACCCCAAUCUUCAACACAUAUUUCUUCGGCGCCCAAGCCCUCCUAUCCGGCUGCGACAUCCCCGGGACAAUCGAGCGCGUCAAAGACACGGUACCAACCAGUAUCAUCAAUUCCUGCAAAUUAUGGCCCAUGGUCACGGCGUUUAGCUUUUCGUUUCUGUCAAUAGGCUGGAGGCCUUUGUUCCAUGGUGUUGUGGCGGUGGGGUGGCAGACGUACUUGAGCUUUUUGAAUAGGAUGGCGGAGGUCAAGGAGAGGGAGAGGCAUGAGAGGGAGGGGAAGGUAGAAGUUCAAGAGAGGGUUGGGUAUGUUGUUGCUCAGGCUGCUUGAUAAAGUGGGAGAUGUUUUCUUUUGUUUGGUACUGGGAUAGACUUGGGUUUGAUAGGAUAGACAAAAUGGCGUUUAGGUCGAAUAGAUUGUUUUUUUUAUGUUAUUACUCUGCGGUACCAGAAUAUUAACGGCAUCUUGCAAUACGGACUAAUAGGUAGACACUAGACCUGAUUUUAAAAGAGCCUUUCAACUUGACAGCUUCUUGGAAUAUCAGAGAUCCUCCUUAUUAAAGCAGGAGUUUGAAUUACACUUCGCUCACAACGAC